UUAUCAACCAUUCUCAACCCAAUUUCGGGUUCCCCUCUCUCAAUUGCUUAAAAUACUUUGUAUAUUAGUUUAGUAGUAGUUUUAGAGUAUUUUCGGAAAUUUUGACUCCAAAUCUUUUCUAUUCCGCUUUUACGGAAGCUUUACCCGACCCAUUUUUCCUCCGCUCCAGGUCAGUUCCCUUUCUCACUGCCAUGAUUGUUUCUGAUUCCGAUUCAGCCACCCCAUCGUUUAAUUCUCGCCAAGCCGAUCAUUCGGCCUCUGGCCGCACCCCAAGCCACACUCAAUCGUCUCGAUUGUCGCCGUCGGCCGUGCCUAGCCAGAAACGGCGCCGAUUGAGGAAGCAAUUUCCUUCCCCGACCCCGGCGGAUGAGGGCUCGAGGGUUGAAUUGGACGAGAACAUAAUGGCAUUGUGCCAUUGCCAGAUUACUGAUCGGGGGUUCGCUGAUGCUACUGAUAUGGUUGGACCCUCAAUCGAGGUCCUGAGACCUACCAAGACCCAGACUGCUCUAGACGCUCCUUCGGGGUUCUUCACAGUCCAUCUGGUGUCCCUGAAGAAAGGGCUGUGCUUCCCCCUCCAUCUGCUAUUGAUUGAAUUCCUCAACUUGGUGGACCUCCUUCCUUGCCAACUAGUCCCCAACUCUCACCGGUAUAUCACCGGUUACUUGGUCAGAUGCAAGGAUGUAGGGGUGAAGCCCACCCUAGACCACUUCUUGUUCACUUUUAAGCUGACCAAAGGCCACAAGGAUUGGGCGUCCUAUGCCAGCCUUCUCCAGAGAGAAGAGAUGGACGGCGAUCUCAUACUCAGUCGCUUCACAGCAGGGAGGAAGAGGAAGAGAGAGGCGAAAGGCCAAGGCAAGCGCUCUUCCUCCCACCGAGAGGAGAGUCCUUCUCGAGAGCCGGCUGUGAUUGUAGUGGAGGACCAGGAUGAUGCUGCCCUGGAAACGGGUACAAUAGCGGGCCAUUCCCCUCCGCAUUCCGUGAUGCCGGGUGGCGACCUCGUUGGGUCGUCCCAGGGGGUUGCCUCGGAGCGACCUCCUUCGUCGUCCGCAGUGACCUACGAGGUGGCGACCGGGGGUCGUUCGACGAGGCUCUGCGUUCCCCCUCCGCCUCAAAGUCUAGGGGACGUGCAGCUGGAGACCCUGAUCACUUUGCCUGCAGAAGACCAGGCCCGCAUCUCAGCCGGUUCUGAGGACGAUCUUGACAACAUGGUCCUUUUGAGGCUCAGUCAGGCCAUGCUGGGGAUGAUUGAGGUGGUCGGCAGAAAACGGAGCCGCCAAGCUGCCUUGGAUGAAGCGAUGAAAGCAGCGGAGGCCAAGCAGAAGGAGUUACAGGAAGAGGUCGCUCGCCUCACAAGGGAGCUGGAGGAGAAAGAGAGUCGUUGUGCUGCUCUGGUGGCAGAGAAAGCCUCCCAAGUGGACCGCUGCGUCGCCCUUGAGGCGGAUAAGGCGUCCUUGUCCUCAGAGGUAGAAGCUGUUUCUGCUCGCUUGGUAGAGCUGGAAGGGGAGAAGUCCGACCUGAUCCAGCAGUUGGAGGUGGAGAGGAGCGACCGGGUCCGCCACGCAGAGGAAACGGUCGAAUCCUUUAAGUUCUCUCCUGAUUUUACAAUGGUCCCUCAGGAGCAGAUGGACAAGCUGACAGCCGAAUGACUCAAAACCGGACCUGGGGCUCAAUGGAUGGUCAAUGAGGGGACCAAGUCCUUCAACUGUGGACUCUUUCGCACCCAACAGAUCUUCCGUGACAGGCUAGCUCAGCUCCCCAAAGGAUUCUCUCUCCCCGACCUUGGCUUUCCCCCUCCCUGUCGCUCCUUGGCCGAGUUCGACCCCAGUCCUUACUUGGACGGAG